AUGGAAUGGAAGUGCGGUGCGACAACUGGUCAGCCGAUUACAGGUGGAAACGAACCAGCAGACCAGAUGAAUCAACUAAAAAAUCCAUCAGAUUUGAUUUUGGAUAAAGAAAAAGAUAGUUUUAUCAUAUGUGAUGGUGGAAAUAACCGAGUAAUACUUUGGCCUCGUCAAAGUGGUACAUGUGGACAAAUCAUUCUAUCAGACAUCGAAUGCAAUGGCUUGAUAGUGGACGAUCAAGGAUUUCUCUAUGUUUCUGACACUAAAAACAAUAAUGUCAAACGAUGGCAAGUAGGAGAAACUCAAGGAACAGUGGUAGCUGGUGGUAAUGGACAAGGUGAUCGCCUCGAUCAGCUCAGUUAUCCGACAUAUGUAUUCGUUGAUUGGGAUCAUUCAGUGUAUGUAUCCGAUCAUAGCAAUCAUCGUGUGAUGAAGUGGACGGAGGGUGCAAAAGAAGGCAUUAUCGUGGCCGGUGGUCGAGGCAAAGGCAAUGAUUUGACACAAUUGGCAUCCCCUUGUGGAGUUAUCCUUGAUCAUUUGGGUACUAUAUAUGUGGCCGAUUAUGGGAAUCAUCGAAUAAUGCGUUGGCCCAAAGGAGCCACCAAGAGAAGUGUCAUUGUGGGUGGAAAUGGCCAAGGAGAACAAGCAAACCAGUUGAAUGGGCCAACAGGUUUAUUCUUCGAUCGACAUGGUAAUCUCUUCGUCGUGGAUUGGGACAAUCAUCGAGUGCAAAAGUUCGAUAUCGAUCCGAGUUCUUAA